CCCAGGUCUGCUUCGGGCGAGACAUGAACGGCUACCAAGAAGUUUUGCUGUACAAAUUGUUCCAAUGUUCUGAUGUGACGGUCGCGCCGCACGCGGGGGCUGCUGUGCUGCAGUCAGAGCAGGGAUUCUGCUCCUCGUGGGGGGCGGUUACACCUGGACAGGGCAUCAAAUCGCCCCAACUGAUAUACACGCUCCAUGGUGUUUGCCUUCGGUGUCCGACAGUUAUAGCCAGCCUUGACGCCGCAGCUCGGGGCAGAUGAUCACAGCUAGGACAGUCUCAAACUCAGAUACCGGUACUCAUCCAUCGCACACGGCCGAGGACGUCUUCACGCGCUCCCUCGAGAAAGGAGGCAUCAGUGCAAAAUGCGUUCCCCUUCAACCCUGAUGCGCUCUCUGAAAGAAUACCUCAUCGAAACUCUGAUCGACGCUCCUUGUGACCGUAUAGCGGAGAGAAAUGGACGCAAACGAAGAGAAUUCCACGAUAAACUCGGAGCUGCGGCUAGUGCUAAAUGGAACGGACGCCUCCCGUCUGGAACGAGCGCGGAAAGUAAGGACCUCUUCGACCUCUUCUCAAGCGCAGACGUCUCAAUUCAGCGACAAUCCCCGCUCUUCGCAAAGCUGCCUCUAGAGCUGCGGAGGCUUAUUUACGCUUAUGCCAUUGGUGGGGAAGAACUACAGCUUGAACUUCAUGAAGAUAGUGAUACCGACGCCCCGUUUAGCAUGAGAUGUGUUGAGGCACAAAGGACCUUGGCUUUCACGAGAUCAUGCAGAAUUGCAUAUGUCGAAGCGACACAGUAUAUCUACGGGGACAAUACGUUUUGCAUCCCCAACAUCACAGCAUUUUUCUGCCUCCACCGCGUUCUUCCUGCGCGCUGGUUUCAUACCAUCCGUUUCAUGAGACUGAGAUGGGCAUACAUGGAGACGGGCGAAAUGCGGGAGUUUGUCCACGGAUAUCCGCCUUACAAUGCCUCUUGCUGGUCGCUAAUGUGGUCGGAAAUCUCCAAAAUGAGAGCAUUGGAGCGUGUGAGGGUAGAUAUGGUACCCGGGACGACAUACGUAUAUGCUGAUUAUGAACAUGCUUUGUUCGCUCCACUAGAAUCUGCCCAGGGGUCGAAAGAACUCGAAGUAUACGCUAGUUGGAGCGAACAUAAAGAUCUUCAACGUCAAGGGAAGACAUGGCCGUUCAAAAUCACGCGGGGAAUGGGUAUGGAGAUCUGACUGCAUCACGAGCGAUGUCACUGCACCUGUAUAAUCCCGUCUUAUUUGGAUCAUAAUCUCCGUAAUUUCACAGUACGAUCGAGUCGAACGAUGCGUUUUGACCCGGAAUGUGAAUUACAGUCUUCUUAGCCGCGAUUAGAUCUUGAGGGGUAAGCAUAUUUUCAUUGCCAAUCCGCAAACCCAAUAGAUGCGUUCC